UAUAUAUCAUCACCUACUUAAUUGUAGCACAAAACUAUUCAGUGAAAAAAUGACAACCAUGAAAACUAUGCUCAUGUUAAUGGUGGCUGUAAUUUUAUUUUGCAGCCACCAAUUGGCCGUGGCCAGAGAAAUGGCCGUAGCCAAUGACAAGACCGAGUUACAGCUCUGGCCAUGGGACAUUCCAUGUUAUUUACCAUGGCCAUUUCCGUGGCCACGACCAUAUCCAUAUCCUCCUCCACGGCCACGACCAUGUCCGCCUCCACCUCCACCACCAUGCUCGCCUCCACCACCACCACCAAGCCCGCCCCCGCCCACACCCACACCGAGUUCGAGCUGCUCGGCUAGUGACAAAGCAAAGAUUGACACGUGCAUGGUCAACACAACUAAAAUUGCUCCAUGCUGCCCAACAUUCAAGAGCAUACUUGGUACUAGUUGCCCUUGCUAUGAAUAUGCAGAGGAUGUGUACGAACUUGAAUUGAUGGCUCUUCAAUAUACUACUUGUCCUAUUAAUAGCCCUUGCAAGGGUGUGCAAGUGAUUAAGCUGUCCAAGGAGGAGGAGUAAAAAUAAAGACGCAAUGCUUAAUUCCAAAUCUUGUAUUAUAUUUUCUCUAUGUACAAUGUUGUGUUUCAGCAAUAAUUUGGCACAUCUGUCAAAAUUGUAAUUCUAUAUUAUAGUACUCAUUUCGUGCUCCAAUUUCCUCUA